GAAGCUACCACACACACCGGGCGUGUAAUCUUAGGCAGUCUAGUCCCACCAUGAGAUCACAGGCUUGACGGGUCACACCCAGCAAAGAAGCUUCUGUUUAGUGCUGCAGGAAUUUCUUUGCCUGUCCCGGCUGCACGGCUAUCAGUUAAAGUACUGAUGGUGCAAUUUGUCUAAAUUUGUACCGUGAAGUCACUCUGAUACUUCCCCAUCGCUCAGGGUCGAAGUAGGCAAAAGUGUCGUCAAACCCCAAAGAUCAAGGUAACAUUACGGUAGUCUCGCAAUCGUGUGGGGUUUGCCAGAUAAGAAGCCUAAGAGGCUUUCUGCGAUACAACACCAAGGCAGUAGUAAGGACAACAACGACAACUCUUGUUCAGACACACUUGCCUUGCACUGCACUGCAAGUGAUCACAAGCCACAGUGGUCUGCCAGAUCAUCGCCUAGACCACCUAGGGUGUUGAUACAAGUACUAGCUGCCUUGCCCUGGCCUGCCGGCAUCUUUCAAUCGUGGAAUCUACUCGUACUCCGUACACAGCUCGUCAGCUCCAGGCCAGCAAACUUAGCACUCUCACCAGGUAUCGACUAGCGGUCUGCAUCCUUCAUCGACUUUAAUUCGAGUGAAUGAUCCCAACAAUUUUACGUCUGCCUGGUUUCCUAUUUACCUCUUCACAUCGACUAUUCAUCCUUGGCCGACUCGACGACAAAGGACGUGCUCAGCAACUUUUGACGCCAAAACCCUACCUCUCUAUAUAACGAAGGUGGUCUUGGCAGUGCGCAAGUGGUUGGGUUUCAAGUACUACCGUGUUAUAUGCCCAUAACCCCCGCUGCCAAGGUUCUUCGCAUCUGCCACAAUCCGUGAGGCUUUUGAUCCGCCACCAUGGAUACACUCCUCACUGCCGAGAUCGCGGCCAAUGCGCCUAGAUACCGUCGCAGGAGUUCAACAUUCAUUGACGCCAUCCACGAUGUGUCUGAAACUCAAGAAAACCUGGCCCCGGCCCAGCUCUACAGCACCAUGUCCGGAAGGCUGUUUCAUUCAGGUCGUAUUGCCAUCGUCAUGGUUGGACUUCCGGCUCGUGGAAAGACACACAUUUGCGUCUCCAUGGCGCGGUACCUCUCUUGGCUUGGCGUCAAAUCACGUAUCUUUCACCUAGGUGACUACCGUCGUGCCACUGUUGGGCCUGGAGGUUCCGUGCCAGAAGACUACUUCUUUCCGAACGCUAGCCCCAAGUCAGUCAUUCUUCGCCAGAAAAUUCUGAAGAAGUGUCGCGAGGACAUUUAUGCCUGGUUGAACCAUGAGAACGGCCAAGUCGCCAUCUACGAUGCCGUCAACCCGACUUCAAGCGGCCGAAGGUCGCUGGCGAAGGAGUUUGCCAAACACGAUGUGCAAACAUUGUUCCUGGAAUCAUACGUGGAUGACGAGACAAUCCUCACGGAGAAUGCGCGCAAUGUCAAGAUAUCUUCGCCUGAUUUCGCGGGAAUGGACCCCGAUGAAGCAGCCAGGUCGUACCUGAGGCGUAUUGAGAUGAAAAUCCCCGUCUUCGAGCCCAUGCAGGAGGAGGAACUAAACUACAUCCGCAUGAUCAACGCAGGCCGGAAAUUCUUCUACAACAACGUCUCUUUCAACUACCUAUCUCAUCGUAUAGUCUACUACCUGACGAACCUGCACAUCAAAUCACGAACCACCUUCUUUGUCCGUGCCGGUAUGGGCGUCGGCGAAGAGGAUUCGUCAAAAAACGAUUCCGAGCUAUCUGAAGAGGGCCGUUCAUACGCUCAAAAGAUGACCGACGCUCUUGUCAAACAUCGCGAGCAGGAACAUGCGGAGAGGCUCGCUAAUGAAGGGAACAGCCCUGGUGAUAAGCCUCUGAAGCCCCUGACAAUUUGGACAUCCACCAGGCUGCGAACCAUACAGACAGCACAAUUCUUGGAGGAGAAAGGAUACAAGGUUCGCCAGCGGUCACAGAUGAGGCAGAUCAACCCGGGAGUCUGCGAAAAAAUGUCGCCUCGCGCCUUGAAGAUGAUGUACCCAGACGAGGUUGCCAAGCAUGAACAGGAUCCGUACCACCACCGGUAUCCACGGGCAGAGUCUUACCACGAUCUCGCGGUUCGCCUGGAGCCCAUCAUCCUGGAGCUAGAGCGCGAGCAGAACGACCUCCUAAUCAUUGCGCACGAGUCGGUCCUCAGGGUCCUGUACGCCUACCUUAUGCACUGCAGCGCGAUGGACAUCCCGACGCUUAAGUUUCCGAGGGACGAGAUUAUUGAGAUCAUACCAGCUGCGUACCAGAAUGAGGCGAAACGCAUCCACAUUCCUGGUCUGGAUCCUAGGAUAGUCCCAGGGACGCCCGACCUCGUUAGGGCGAGCGACAGCGGCGUAGGAACUCCUUCUGCUGGCCUUCCCGUGUCGCCGUUACCGGAGCCGGCAAUGUCGGAUGAGCAGGCGACCCAGGAAACUCAACCGCUUAUCGUGUUCGGAUCGCCGACUUCAUCGCCGGUGCCCGCGGAAAGUUCACGAGUUGCGUCGCCUGGGCAGCGGCCCACGGAGAGGGUGAUUAGCCCGGCUGCGGAUGAGGUCAAGGACAGAGUUGGGGAUGAGGAUUAGUCAGACAGACAUACUUGGUUUUGGGAUGGUUUUAGUACAACGAGGAAUUCCCUCCAUAUAUUUAUUGUUAGUAAUAUUUGGUAGGUGAAUUCUGGGGCCCCUUUGAUAAUACCGUAGACAUUCUUGACAUUGUUGUCAACAUUGCCAAGGUAGACUUUUGUUGUAGAUUGCCUUGCCGAUCUUCGUUCGCUACCUAUGACCGGCUCAAAUUUAACUGUCCCAACUGUUUACUUGAUUUAUG